AAAUUACGCCGCCUAAAGUGACGGAGUCGGAUGUUGUCAUCGCCAAAUUGUCUUCAAAUUGCUCGCUUAAACUUAAAAAUAUUCACUUCUGCACCCAAGGAGAGCGUCGCCAUGGCUUCCACGACACCCAUAAAGAUUGGAAUAAUUGGCGGUUCGGGCCUUGAUGAUCCUGAUAUCUUGGAGGGAAGGACUGAGCGUUAUGUUGAUACACCGUAUGGAAAGCCGUCAGAUGCCCUGAUACUGGGGAAGAUCAAAAAUGUUGAAUGUGUGCUCCUUGCAAGGCAUGGAAGACAACACACCAUAAUGCCAUCUAAUGUGAACUACCAGGCCAACAUCUGGGCACUGAAAGAAGAGGGCUGUACACAUCUGCUGGUUACUACAGCAUGUGGCUCACUUCGGGAGGAGAUUCAGCCAGGAGACAUUGUCAUCAUUGAUCAGUUCAUUGACCGGACUACCAAGAGGGCUCAGACACUGUAUGACGGGCAGCCCACCAUUCCUCCAGGUGUAAGUCACAUUCCUAUGGCUGAGCCUUUCUGCAACAGAACCAGAGAGGUUUUGGUGGAGGUGGCUCGGAGUCUCGGGGUCAAGUGCCAUGUGAGAGGAACUAUGCUGUCCAUCGAGGGGCCUCGCUUUUCGUCGCGGGCAGAAAGUCUGAUGUUCCGCCAGUGGGGUGCUGAUGUCAUCAACAUGACCACCGUGCCCGAGGUGGUCCUCGCCAAGGAGGCCGGCUUGUGCUAUGCCAGCAUCGCCAUGGCAACAGACUACGACUGUUGGAAGGAACAUGAGGAGGCGGUCUGUGUUGACAACGUAAUGAAGACCAUGAAGGAGAAUGCCAACAAAGCUAGCAGUAUCCUGCUAACUGCAAUCCCCCAGAUUAGUCAGAUGGACUGGGCUCAGACAAUAAAGACCUUGAAAUCAAUGGCGCAAUCCUCAGUAAUGUUACCAAAACACUAAGCACGUACGGAACAAUGAAGGAAAACAAACGGAUACAAAUCCCAGACACCAUCCACACCAACACGGACAACAGACUCAACUAUGCCUGUGGAUUUGUCAUCAUUGAAUCACAAGAAAGUGCCUCACAUAAAUAAUGCAUGUGCUGUGUCUUAAGCUGGACUUUCAUAGGUUUUGUUUUCUUAAGUCAUAAUACACCUUACACCCCCCCCCCCACACACACACACACAGAAACCACCACCACCCCCGCCAUUACUCUCUCUGAACACUGAACAACAACUACAUCUUUCCAGCAGACGUUUUUUUUCUGUCAGUCCAACCUCAUUUUUAAGUUCAAAAAGAUCAACAAAAGAUUCUACCAGGUAUUAUUUUUGUGGAUUUAUAUUUGUUGUCGUCUGUAAACUGUCAUUAUCUGUAUUGCUGUUAAUGUAAGAUAUAAUAAACACCUCAGCAAGAUUGAGUUAGGAUAAAAGAACUGUGGAUGUCUCUAUCUUUGGCAUUUUGUGGAAUACUUUCAUUUGCAUUUCGUCCUAAUGACAAUGUUAAAUGAAUCAAACCACAACAGCAAAUCAUCCAUAAAUUCCAGUAUAUGCAUUUUCUCACAUUAUUUUUUUCUCACAUGUAAUACCUUUUUAUAUACUGUUAGAUUUGUCAUCGUGUAAUGAAGUUAGCAUGUUUGUAAGAGUGAUGGGCCUUCUGUCACUCACAUUAGAUCAGUAUGGUUCUCUACAUUUGCUGCAUCUGAAUAUUAUCAAACUGAACAGUGUCUACACAUAUUAGCCUCCUUGCACUGUAUUUCCUCUUUGUUACCUUGUCUCAACACUAUGAAGACAUUGUACAGAAUAAUUAGCUCAAUAAAGGCUGCUUUAAAACAUUUAUAUAUGCUUAUAAAUAUUGUAACUGUUCAAAGAGUUCAGGUCCUGAUUACAAGUUUUUGACAAAAUAUUAAAAUCUUCAAACAACUUGAACUGUUUAAAAGAAAUGCAGUGGAAUGUGAUAUGUGAAAUGCAGGUUGGCAAACUCUUUGAGACUACCAAAAAAAAAAAAAAAGAUUCAAAUACUGAUAUUAAGAAUAUAGAAAAAUAAAUAAUGGGUAAAGUAA